UCUAGAACAAAUUGAAAAUUUUCGUGCGAAACCCGAACGUUUCUAUUGUGCGCCCACAAUUUACUUCGAAAGCGAAACUACCAUGUCUUCUUCUCAUUCGCGCGUGCUAUGCGAGUACUCCUACACCAUUGCCGUACCGGUGCACUUCAUGAGGUUUCUUUUAGAGAUGGGGCGUUUUAUCAAGGAGAGCUACGUCGCUCCUGAGGAGGACUACAAACUAGGAUUACCUGUAGCAGAUCCUCAGUUUGUAGAAAGGGGCGCGUGGGUGGAACACCCCAAGAGCAAGAGGCGGAGCGUUUUAAAACGACUACAACUGGAUGAAACGGAGUUUCCCACCCGCAACUUGGUCACGGGGGCUUUCCAGAAGUGCAUGCACAUUACCGCCGCGAAGCAAGGUCUGAAUAGACAGCAGUUCGAGGAUCGGGCCAUUUGGAGCAUGCUGAAGGUGAGUGUCCUGCAGCCGACCAGUAGUAGUAUUCAUCUUUCUCGCGACCCGGCAUCGGACGCAGUCGAAUUUUUUACGCUGUACCAGGAUUUUAUGCUCCCUUUGCCCCGCUAAGCCAGCAGGCAGCAACGUCUUGCCAGCGCCAACCGACCAGCAGGAGGGCCCGACCACCGGAGGGAGGGCGCCCAAGAAGUGGGAGGACCCCAGCGAUCGAUGCGUCGUGUCUGCCCGUAGGCCUAAGGCGCUUUGGCGGGCGGCUGGACGCUUCCGCUCGAGCCCCGUCCGAAGCGCUAAAAUGGACGCGAAGGAGGUGGUGGAUGAACGGGGGUCGUCCGAAUCGCUAGAAUGGGGACCCUAGUCGCGUCCGAAUCGCCAGAAUGAAAAGCGAGGGGGUCAAGGUUGACCCCCUUUGGUACCAAAAAGCUACUUUUUUCUGCACCCUUUCCGAGGACGUUCAAGGGGAGGCCGGCUGCCACCUUCAGCCGACGCGCCACGCCAAGGGACACCCUGAGGCAUAGGCCGACGCCUCUGCUCCUUGGUUGGAUGAUCCCAGUCCUCCUGACCAAGGUGCAACAAAGAUGGCCGCCUCUCACUAUUGUGGGGAGCGCCGGGCUCACAGAAGCAAGGAGUCCGGGAGGCCGUUCCUGAGGGUCCGACGAGCAUCGGGCGGGAUCGGCGGAAGGCGUCCGCUUGCUUUAGAAGCGAGAGCCCUGAGGGCUCUCGUGGGCAUCCUACUACAGUGGGGCCUACAGCCCGCUCCCAACGGUUGGCUUGGUGGUGGGUAAACGCUUGAAGGCAUUUUUAGUUCUUUUCUGUUUCUAGCGGUUUUCUGUUCAGUAUUUGAUGUGCUCGCAUCACAUGAAAUGAAUGGAAACUCUGUCAUAUUUUGGUGCAUAAGUAUAAUGUACAUCUAGGUUUUUUCUAAGAUCAAUAAAUCCAUUCUUACAGUGUCUGGACCACGUCCACCGCGUGACAC